CAAGCGAUGAAUGAUGCGAACAGUAUCAUUGAUUCUUUACUAGAGUUCACACCAUCAAUUGAAUGACUGACGACACACAAGCUUGUUUUCGACUGACGUAACGUAGUUGUAAUGGAGCGAAAAAUCCUGCUUUUCGGACCUUUUGGGUCCCUCCUAUUGCUUUUUAUUGGCAGCGCUCUAGGGGCUGAUAUUUUUCGUGAUUGCACCCGGGACCUCUACGACCGCGUGGUCAGGUUUGAGUACCUGUACUACAAAGGCUACUGGAUGUAUCCCUACAACAAACUAAGGCAACAUGGCCCCAGCUAUCACUACACGGAGAAAGAGUUUUACAGUGCCAACGAUAUGAACACCAACGCUUACAAGGCCGCCAUUCACAAGGUAUACGAGAGAACAAUCUAUGAGUCCACCAAUGCUCUGCCCUUUUAUGUGAGAGAAUGCGGAGGCGGAUGGGCGUGCCUCGAGUCCCGGCAUAAAGACUGGAGGUUCUACUACCUGGCAGUUACAACCAGAUUUCAAGAGCCAGAAGUGGUUCUUCAGUGGUCACUUAAUCCCGAGGUUUCGGGAAACAUGAUGCAUAAAAUCGAAUGCACGGACUGCAACUCGCUAAUGAAAUGUCACAUCAUUCAUCAGACUGGAAUGAAGAAAUAUUUUUCGGAUCGACAAGGUUACAUGAAGGCUUGCAAUAAUUGUGGCGAGCCGAGCUGGUUUCAUUGGCGAAUUGUGGCCCCCACACCUUCGGAUCAGUAUCGGAUUGUGGCCGUGUCUGAUUGCCGAAGAAACGCCUCAUUCGCAGUCACCUUGAACAAAGGAACGAGUGUCCAACACACGUUCAAACCUUACUAUUCUAGGUGGGUCUUCAACGUUAUGUGUAGCCGUGGGGUCGAUGACUCUUGUUACGUGGAGAGUACCGAGGAUAUGGCCUUUGAAUUUGCCAAGGCAUUUGAGAAGGCCACUGAACUGAGAAGUCUGACCUUUGCCCAACAAUGGACCAUGUCCGAUGAGUCCAUCUUCAAUUCUGAGAUGCCCGUUCAAAUGGGACUCUUCAACGUGGCCCCAGGAAAGAAGUUUUCAAUCCGUCAGCUCCAAGGGACCUAUGGACCGUUCCUAAUCAAAACAACGCACUAUGAUGUGUAUCAAGAGAGCUGCUAGAUCUAGAUGUCACUUUUUACAUGCAUCGCUAGUAUUUUUCAAGGUUUCAAUAAAAAAAAGCUUCUUUUCAA